GUUUCCCGUCCAGAUACCUCUCGCCGAAUCCUGACCCAAAUCAAUUGGCACACAUAAUUUCUCACACACUCAAAACCCUAAACCGCCGACUCCAUCCGUUCCCGUGACGCUAGUUGCCGAUUUGCAGAUUUAGGUUUACUGGGAUUUUCUAUACGUUUGUCAGUGAGAUAAGAAGAUGGCGUCAAAAUUUUGGAGUAAUCAGGCUGACAGCGAGACUGAGUCUGAAGUGAGUGAUUAUGAACAAGACGAUGUUAAUGAAGGACAGGAAGAUGCUACCAAUGCACCUGAUAGGAACAAAUACCUUGACACUGGGGACAGCGACAGUGAUGAUUCAGACAUGCACAAGCGUGUUAUCAAGUCUGCAAAAGACAAACGCUUUGAGGAGUUGUCUACCACCAUUGAUCAGAUGAAGAACGCAAUGAAGAUCAAUGAUUGGGUCAACUUGCAGGAGAAUUUUGACAAGAUUAACAGGCAGCUUGAGAAGGUCAUGAGGGUGACAGAAUCCGAUAGGGUCCCCAACAAUUAUGUCAAGGCGUUAGUGAUGCUGGAGGACUUCUUGAAUCAAGCCAUGGCAAAUAAGGAAGCAAAGAAGAAGAUGAGUAGCAGCAAUGCAAAGGCAUUGAAUGCAAUGAGACAGAAGUUGAAGAAGAACAAUAAGCAGUAUGAGGAUUUGAUCAAUAAAUGUAGAGAAAAUCCUGAAAGCUUUGAGGAUCAAGAGGAAGCUGAAGAGCCUUCAGAAGAUGAAGAUGAAGAUGAUACUGGUUCAGAGAUUGAUGACCCAACAAAGUCAGGGACAGAGUCAGAAGGCGAGUCAGAUGACAAUGAACAUGAUGAGGACAUGGAUGAAAACCAACCUGUCAACAAGAAGUUCAAAGAAGUUGUUGCAGCUCGUGGUAGAAAGGGGACAGGAAGGCUCGAGCUUGUUGAACAGUUGACUUUCUUGACCAAAGUGGCUAAAACUCCUGCUCAAAAGCUAGAGAUCCUGUUCAGUGUUGUGUCUGCACAGUUUGAUGUCAACCCAGGUCUCAGUGGACACAUGCCUAUAAAUGUCUGGAAGAAAUGUGUUCAAAACAUGCUUGUGAUACUUGAUAUCCUUGAGCAAUAUCCAAACAUUCUUGUUGAUGAUUCUGUGGAGCCUGAUGAGAACGAAACCCAAAAAGGAGCAGACUUUAAGGAUACUAUCCGCAUAUGGGGAAACCUAGCAGCUUUUCUUGAAAAAGUAGAUGUUGAAUUCUUCAAAAGUCUACAAUGCAUUGAUCCUCACACACCUAAAGUAGCUUUAAAGCUUGUUGAGCUUGUGUAUUACAAACCCCAAGAAGUAUAUGGUGCAAUGAGGAAUUUGGCUGAGCAAUCAGAGGAUAAAGGAGAAGAAUCAGGGGCUGAAACAAAGGAGGAAAGCCGGGGCCCACCUGCUUUUGUGAACACUCCCGAAAUUGUCCCUAGAAAACCUAGUUUUCCAGAUAGUAGCAGGGCGUUGAUGGAUAUUUUGGUGUCCCUUAUAUACAAACAUGGUGAUGAAAGAACCAAGGCUCGUGCAAUGCUUUGUGAUAUUUAUCACCAUGCAAUUCUGGAUGAGUUUUCUACAUCACGUGACUUGUUGCUAAUGAGUCAUUUACAGGAUAAUGUUCAGCAUAUGGAUAUUUCAACUCAGAUACUUUUUAACAGGUCUAUGGCUCAGCUUGGUCUGUGUGCUUUUAGGGCUGGACUUAUUGCUGAAGGACAUGGAUGUCUUUCUGAAUUGUAUUCUGGUGGUAGGGUCAAAGAACUUCUUGCACAAGGUGUCUCUCAAAGUCGCUAUCAUGAGAAGACUCCUGAGCAGGAACGGUUGGAAAGAAGAAGGCAGAUGCCAUACCACAUGCACAUCAACCUGGAACUUCUUGAAGCGGUCCAUUUAAUCUGUGCCAUGCUCUUGGAGGUCCCGAACAUGGCGGCAAACAGCCACGACGCAAGGCGGAAAGUCAUCAGCAAGACUCUCCGGCGGUUGCUCGAGGUGUCUGACCGCCAGACUUUCACCGGACCGCCGGAGAACGUGCGGGACCACGUCAUGGCCGCCACAAGAGCCCUCAGCAAGGGUGAUUUCCAGAAAUCUUUUGAAGUCAUUAACUCCCUUGAUGUCUGGAAGCUUCUUAGAAACCGCGAAAGCGUCCUUGAAAUGCUAAAAAACAAAAUCAAAGAAGAAGCUCUCAGGACUUACCUUUUCACCUACUCGGCAUCCUACGAGACAAUAAAGUUAGAACAGCUGGCAAAGAUGUUUGACCUUUCGGAAAGUCAAACUCAUUGUAUUGUUAGUAAAAUGAUGAUUGGGGAGGAGCUUCAUGCCAGCUGGGACCAGCCGACACGGUGCAUUGUGUUCCAUGAGGUUGAGCACAGUCGAUUACAAGGUCUGGCUUUCCAGUUGACUGAGAAGCUAUCGGUUCUUGCUGAGAGCAAUGAGCGGGCAGUGGAGGCCAGGCUUGGUGGCGGCGGGUUAGACGGUCUGCCGUCCAGGCGGCGGGAAGGCGGUCAGGACUAUGCGGCGGCUGCUGGUGGUGCAAAGUGGCAGGAUAAUAACAUGGGUUACUCGCAAGGGCGGCGAUAUGGUCAGGGUCAAGGUCAAGGUCAAGGUCAAGGUCAGUAUCAGAGGGAUCGGGCGGGUCAGUCGAGAGGCGGAUAUCAGAGCAUGAGGUAUCAGGAUACGGCGUAUGGCGGUGCUGGGCGGGGCUAUGGUGGUUCCUCCGCUAGGGGAGGUCAGAUGGACGGGUCUAACCGUAUGGUGAGUCUAAACAGGGGGGCUCGGGCUUAGUGAAGUGAAAUCUUUAUUUAUGUUGGGUGGGGGGUAUGCAUGUCUUUUUCUCUUUUUGUCUUAAUUUUGUUUUUCGUGGUGUUGGUGUUUGGACAUGGUUGUUGUUUUUAUUGCUUCAUUUGAGUGAGGACAAUGCACAUGAGUUAAUAAUUUUGUCUACCAUAACUUGUUAAAUUAUUACUCAUUCAACAA